AUGAAUAUAUUUAGUCUCAUGCUACAUGGCUUCGGUCUUCAAAGAUUCGGUGUUCGGCACAUCGCAGAUCAAUUCGCCAGAGAGGGAUACUUUGUUCUGAUCCCAGACCUGUUCUACAGGGACCCGAUACCUGAGUUUCGCGACGAGAACUUUAGUAUUGAUUACUGGGAAAGAUUUCACAGACCGGAAGGCACGGGGAGAAUCGUCAACAAGAUGAUUCAAACUAUGCGUGAUACUCUCGGAUGUAAGCGCAUUGGCGGAGUGGGGUAUUCCUUUGGGGGUGAUUGUCUGUGUCAGUAUCUUGAACGUGGGAAGUUGGAUGUAGGCUUUAUUGCCCAUCCGAAUUACUUGGAUACUGAAUUGUUGGCGACUAUUGAGGGACCUUUGAGUCUUGCUUCUGGUGCUCGAGAUUCUGUUUUUACGACAGCUGACCGACACGAGGCCGAGUUGAUCCUCGAGGAGAUAAAGUACCCAUAUCAGAUUACUGUCUAUUCUCAUGUUGGGCAUGGCUUUUCUGGUAAUGGUAAUCCGUGGGUUACAGUCCAGAGAUUCGGCAUGGAGCAGUCUUUCCAGCAGGCUCUUGUUUGGUUUGACGAGUAUCUUAAGAAGGAUUGA